AUGAAUUUCAAGUUCAAAGAGACCCAUACCUUUGAGCAAAGACAACAGGACUCUUCAAAGAUAAAGGCCAAGUACCCUAAUAGAGUUCCGGUCGUCGUGGAACGUCAUCGUCAUUCACAAAUACCCGAUAUUGACAAACAUAAGUUUCUUGUUCCGGACGAUGUUACAGUUGCUCAGUUUAUGUGGAUCAUUCGAAAACGUAUUGAUAUCUCAUCAGAAAAAGCCCUCUUUCUUUUUGUUGAGAAGAAUAUGCCACAAACAAGUGCCACAAUAGGUCAACUGUAUCAUAACUUUCACGAUGAUGAUGGUUUUCUAUACAUAAGCUACAGUGGGGAGAAUUCUUUCGGCUCCGGUUCAUAG